AUGCCUCGUCGGCUGCGUUCACACGCUACAUCAUCGGAACUAACAACAAACAGCCACUCACCUAUCCGCUUCGUCCCAACUUUCACUCUGAGCGAACCAAGGAUCAUCUUCAAUGAAUCACUACCUGAUCUCAAUAGUACCGAGAUUCAGACUCUACGAAGAAAACAGCAACGACUGCGGAAUUCAAUCCCAUCUACAGUUGCCUUAGCCCGUGAAACAAGUCCGCAGGCAGUGCGCGCUCUGAAAUCCACGUUGAUAUUCGGUCAAGCCGAGGCAGGUACAGCAGUGUGUAUCGACGCAAGAGGCUGGAUCCUCACUUGCGCACACUGUUUCGGUGAAACGCGACAAGAAUGGCAAACAUACCGACGGAAAUGGCUGCUAUACUACACAGGGCUGGCGGUGCAAGUGGAAUGUCGCGUCUGGGACCCACGACGCGAUCUCGCGCUGGCCAAGGUCAUCCACGUUGAGAUGGAGCAGCCCCAGCCCCAGCCGGGUGAUACCGACGUGCGAUGCCCCAUCUUCAGUUAUGUUUCCCCCGCAACAAUACAGGACCCCACAGAAUCGAUAUUAUGUAUCGGACAACCCGGCGCAGACGACCUAGAGUCAAGUAUGCCCCGUAAGACGGCAUACGACUUGAUCGAGGUAUCCGGGGGUCGACUACGUGGGCUGAUCCCCAACGUGGAUCCACACGACAACUCGGAAAUUGGCGUUCUCAAACAUGAUGCCUGGACGUACUGGGGCCACUCGGGGGGCACCGCUGCUAAGGUCAUCGGAUGGGACUCUCGUCGGAUUGCAUUCCUCGUGGGACGAUUCUACGGGCAUAAGGCAUGGCGUCCCGUUGGUUGCGAUCCGGGCUUUUCUAGAAGCGAAUCUGCCGGCUAG